AUGGACGAUACAGAUCAUACGAGCAGGGUCAAGAUAUCUAAGCUGCCAAGCAUAAGUGAAUCUAAACCCAGCUCAUUUACGAACGCAAGAAACGAAUCACCGUGGGUAAUCUACAAGAAACAUUUCGAUCUCGACCUUAACGGCCCUGUUACUGUGGCACAAGGGAAGGCGGGACUCGUAGCCGUGAGGACAUUUACGGUUGCAGGUGCCGAGAAGGCGCUUUAUAUGCAUGGUCAGGUACGACAUUCCAACAUUGUCGAGGCUCUUGAAGCAUUCACUACCGAGACAUCGUUCUACAUUGUCCUCGAGUACAUGCCCAUCUCCCUCUACCAGAUCGUAGAGAGUGCUAAAUAUCCUACGGAAUCGGAACUAGCAGCUAUCCUCAGGCAGGUCCUCGACGGCUUAAUCUAUCUCGAAAUCGAGGGGCUCGAACAUGGAUCUAUCAAUUGCCGGAACAUCCUCCUCAGCACCAAGGGCGAUGUUAAAAUUGCAAACCAACAAUGCUGA